AUGUCGAAGGCAUUUGUGUCUUUCAAUGACUUUAUGAGUCUGCCUGUCGUUUUCUAUCACACGAUCGGGGUAAAUCCUUAUGAAUCGGCUACCAACACGGCAACUCGCAGUCACUGGCUUCUCGCAAUCUUUAUAUUUCAUGUGAUUAAUCUGAACUGUAUGUGUGGAUUGGAGAUUGCUUUUGUGUACAUGUCCUUUAGGGACAGCCAGAACUUUGUGGAAUCCUGCAUGGUGAUGGGCUACAUUGCAUUUGUCGUAGUUGGAGAACUGAAGAUGCUAACCGUCUGGUGGCAGAAGCCCAAGUUGAAUGCACUGAUGCGCGAAAUGGAAAUGAUAUUUCCAUCUUCGUCUGUUGAGGACCAGCGCCAAUAUCAAGUGGAGCGCUAUUUGCAGCGCUGCCGUGUGUUCACGAAGGGUUUCACAUGCCUCUACCUGGUGCUCAUCGCCACUUACAAUCUCUAUGUGCUCAUCCAGUUCAUCAUUCAGCGACUUUUUCUGGACAUGCCAAAUGCUCGGCUGGUUAUGCCCUAUACUCCAGUGUCGCCCUGGAGCCUAGAAAAUGGCUUGGGCUACGGCGUGAUGUACGUUUUGCAGGCCGUAGCUGGCUACUGCGCUACGGCAGGACACGCCUCCAGCGACAUUCUCAUCUAUGCGGUGGUCAUUCAGGACAUCAUGCACUAUGAUCAUUUAUCCCGUGAGCUCGUUGAGUUGAAGAUACAAACAGGACGCGUGAGGGAUGGCUCUGACAAAGAUCUCAAAGUGCUGCAGAAACUGAUUUCAUAUCACAACAAGCUUCUUGGGCUUACAGAAGUAAUAAAUCAGGUCUUUGGAUUGCCUUUGCUCUUGAACUUUAUGGCUUCUUCUCUGCUGGUCUGCUUUGUGGGCUUUCAGAUGACCCUUGGACUGAGUCCUGAGCUAAUAUGCAAGCUGGCCGUCUUCUUGGUGGCGCAAAUGGUACAAAUCUAUCUCAUAUGCUACUUCAGUGAUUUGCUGAUUAAUGCCAGUGCCAGUGUGUCCAACGCGGUCUACGAGAUGAAUUGGAUAGAGGCCGAUGUGCGGUUCCAGAAAAUGCUUAUUAUUAUAGCAGCACGCGCCCAGAGGCCAGUCUACUUGAGGGCCACUGUGUUCUUAGAUGUUUCAAUGCAGACUAUGACCAUGUUCUUGCAAAUGACCUACAGAUUCUUUUGCGUGAUUCGUACCAUGUAUCAGUAA